UAAAAAAAUAGGGGGGGCAUUUUGGUACAUUGAAAAGUAAUGGAAUGUUGGAAGUUGAUCUUUUGCUCAACGAAAUCAGACCAGGCAACUAGAACGAAGUUCAAAACGAAAAAUCCAUGCUCAACGAGAAAAGUCAAAGGAAACAUAAUCUGGCAAUCCUCAGAUCCAUCAAUGUUACCCUACGGAUCUCUCUGGAUCACCAAUCGGAUGGCUCAAAACAUUCUAACAUAAAAGUCCUAAAUCCUUAUCUUAAUCACCAAAAUAAUUUGUCCGUACCCACCUUUAUGGGAUCAUUCUGAAAGUGACGUGUCGAGUUACUAUUGGCUCAUUAUACAAAAGCUGAUGCAGAGGAACAUUAACUGUGAGGGAAAGGGAUGGGGAAGCGAAAUGACUGUCUCUCACUGGUUACUGGUUAGGUUCCAACAGUCAGGUGCAAGAAAACCAGUCAUGGAAGGGUAGUUUGGGGAUUCCAAAGUUCUGUCUUUAUAGCAACCGACAGGGUCCCCUCGCCAAAAAUCAUUACAAAAAACUUCAUUUUCUUGAGAGAAAAAAAGAGAGUUUGAGAAAGAAAUGGACCCUGAGGCCUUCACUACUGGUAGCUUCUUCAAGUGGGACACGAGAGGAGUGGUGGCCCCAACGCCAGCGCGUUUCAUGGAAGCAGUGGCAUCACCUCAGCCGCAGACGGUUGCUGCAGUUGCGGCUGCUUAUAUGGGGAGGCCGAGGGAGCUUGGAGGGAUAGAGGAGUUCUUUCAAGCUUACGGGGUCAGAUACUACACUGCAACAAAGAUAACCGAGUUAGGGUUCACUGUAAGUACCCUCUUAGGCAUGAAGGAAGAGGAGUUAGAUGAGAUGAUGAAUAGCGUCUCGCAGAUAUUCAGGUGGGAGCUGCUAGUUGGUGAGAGGUAUGGGAUUAAAGCUGCUGUUAGAGCCGAAAGGAGAAGGCUCGAAGAAGAGGAUUCAAGGCGGCGACACUUGGUUUCAGGUGACACCACCAGCUCUCUUGAUGCCUUCUCCCAGCAAGGGUUAUCAGAGGAGCCAGUGCAGCAAGAGAAACAGGCGGCAGGGAGCGGUGGAAGGGGCACGUGGGAGAUGGUAGUGGCUGGGGGAAAGAAGAAGCAGCGGCGGAGGAUGGGGCAGAAGAAGUUGGUAGCAGAAGUUGAUCAUGAAGAUGAAUUACAGGGUGGCAUUGAUGAUGAAAAUGGUGAUGGUGGAGACUACGAGAGACAACGGGAGCACCCUUUCAUUGUAACGGAACCCGGUGAGGUAGCUCGGGGCAAAAAGAACGGUCUUGAUUACCUCUUCCAUCUCUACGAGCAGUGCCGGGAGUUCUUGAUUCAAGUCCAAAACAUCGCCAAGGACCAUGGCGAAAAAUGCCCCACCAAGGUGACCAAUCAAGUUUUCAGGUAUGCUAAGAAGGCUGGAGCAAGGUACAUUAACAAGCCCAAAAUGCGACACUACGUGCACUGCUAUGCGCUGCAUUGCCUUGACGAGGACGCAUCGAAUGCGCUGAGAAGAGUUUUCAAGGAGAGAGGAGAGAAUGUUGGGGCGUGGAGACAGGCCUGCUACAAGCCACUCGUGGCCAUAGCCGGGCGCCAGGGCUGGGAUAUUGAUGCAAUUUUCAACGCACAUCCCCGUCUUGCUAUUUGGUAUGUGCCAACCAAGCUUCGACAACUUUGUCACGCCGCACGCCACAGUGCCGCCGCUUCAAGAUCCAUUUCUGGCGGACCUGAUCAAAUGGCCUUCUAAAGCUUUGAUGUCACAGCCAAUUCUGCAAUUUGCUUAUUUCGAGACUGAGAGAGAGCUAAUUACCUUGGCGUAAGUUUCUUUUGAAAAAAAAAAAAAACCUAUGUAGCUGUUAUAUUAUGUACGGCAAGUCCUAUUUGAAUCACAAACAUGACAAUUAAUAUAGUUGCCUAAUCUUUAAUUUUUAGUUUAAGCAGAUUGUAUAAUGUAUAUCGUGCAUUAUUCCGAACUGAUUAGACGGGGAGGUUAUAUCGCAAAUUUCAGUCAUAACUUACAUUACAUUUACAUAUCGCUUCUCAUACAAAAUUACUGAUUAUGAAACUCUUAACUUAUGCCUUCAGAAAACAAAAAAUAAAAAACUAGAAGGAAAUAGCUUCCCUUGU